GGAAACAACGGGGGUGGUGCGCGGCCUCUCUCGUCCCGUCCCCCCCUCGAGUUUUGCCCGCGGUCCGGGGUCGAGGCGGCGAUGAUGUUCGGUUCCGCGGCGGAGAAGCUGCUCAAACAGGCCAGGGAAAUACAGGAUGAAGACCUACAGAAAUUCUGCACCCGCAUCUCCACUCUCCUGCAGAGCAAGGAAUAUAAUAACGAAGCCGUUGAUUCUCUUCAGAAGUUGUUCCUCAUUGUCUCUGCUACAAAAUACAGCAGAAGUCUGUCCAAAGAUGUCCUGCAGAACCUCCACAGCACCCUUUGGUUCGUGAAGGCUCCACAGCCAGUUCUUGUCCUCUGCUCAGCCAUUCUGCGAGAGGUGUUGCCAUGUAAUGCUUUGACUUAUUCCUGUGAGGAGUUAAAUGACAUGAAGACCAUGAACCUUGUAUCGGGUGUAAUGCUGGCCCAGGGGAGUAGAAGUGCCGAAGUUGUGGCUGUGUGCAACCGUAUUCUCAAACUGCUGGAGAGUCGCCAUGCUGAGAGUCAGGGAGCGCGGCAUCUCGUACCCGUCCUGUCCAAACUUCUCGAUCUUGCACCUACAGUCCUCAACGAAGAGCAGAUAAAUACCGUCAGUAGGAAGCUUGUUGACUGGCUGCGCUACGCGGGUACAGUACAGGGUCUUUCCCUUUCUUCAGGAGGGUUUUUUAGCCCACGAUCACGGCAGCCUGUCUCCAUUUUGGAGGUAGAUGGGGCAGUCACGGGUGACUUCUUCACCGUACUUUCCAUUGGCCAAUAUUACACCGAGGACCAAUGGCUGAACAUGCAUUCCUUCUCCAUGAUCAGGAAAUGGCUGCACUGGCACGAAGCAGGCGGCGUCUGCAACAGUGAUACAGAUGAACGGUCGGAGCUGGAUAGCUCUAUAAUGUCGGUGGUUUCAGCUUCCUCAACAUCCAGUCGCCUACUGCCUCCGAAGGAACGUCUGAGGGAGAAAACAUUUGAAUAUUGCAACCGGUUAAUUGAACAGUGUGAUAGAAAAGCUCUCAAGAAAUCCGAUUCAGAACUUCAGAAAGCUUGCUUGAUUGAAGCCGUGGCCUUGAUGGACCUGAUCUGUCGACAUGAUCCUCUCUUUGUGUAUCGAGCCUUCCCUGUGGUCAAAGCCCUGUACAGUCGAAUCAGUGCAGACUCUGGCUUUGCCAGAGUGCUUCUUCCCGUGGCUCAAUUCUACCUGAAUCACAGUGAGCUGGCAGCUGUGGAUUCUGAGGCUGUUUACCGACAAUUAUUCACCAAGGUUCCCUCUGAACUCUAUCAAGACCCGAUGUUGGCAUUUGAGUUUGUUCAGUUCUGCAGAGAAAAUGCAAAAACACUCAGAGAGAGUGUUGCUAUUUUCCACAAGAGCUUUCCAAAUCUAUUGAAGUUCCUAGCUUGGAACACGCCAGCCCUGUUCCCCGACUUCAUCGAAUUACUGCCAGAUUUGGUUCAUCCGGACACAGCAAUUGAGAUACUCCACUCUCUGCUGGAUCUCCCCUGCGUGACGGCAUCACUCGAGGUGCAGCUCAGGGCAGUGUGCUCUUCAGUGACAGAGAAGCUGAUGGUUGACCAAAGCAGAAAGGUGUGGAGCUCGGCAGAGGCGUUCCUACAUCCAUACUACAGGAGCAUGUUUUUUUACAUCCUCCGUGUGGAGUCGGGAACAGGCGAUACCAUCGACAGAUUGAGCCAGCUUCACGAGGUUCUCUCGGACAUGGCGAGGCGGCCGAGAGUCGUACAGUGUGCUCAGACGGUUCCCAUCCUGUUGCAGGUUUACUUCAAAGUCGUCACUCAGUUUGCAGACGGACCACUGAUUAGCCAGCUGGCUCUGGUCAUUCUGGAGCGAAGCAGCCUUCUGUACGACAUCCCUGACUUCAAGGCUGAAGUUCAACGGGUAUUCAGUUCCCAGUUGAUGGUGCUUUGUAAACGGCACCCAGCUCUCAUUGUGGAACAGUCCAAAGAGCUGCUGGACUUCUGUGGAACAGUCAGCAAUAUCAAAAAUAAAGAGGGCUUCUUCAUUCAUGUGGUCUGGGCCAUAGGAGAGUACCUGUCCUUGUCUUAUGACAGGCGCUGCACGGUUGAACAGAUCACCAAGUUCUUUGAAGCCCUGGAAGCCGUGCUGUUUGAGAUGAUUCAGCUGCGAUCCUCCACGGGCAUCUUCAAGUUCUCACCUCGGGUUAUCACUGUUCUCAUGACAACGCUGGCAAAAUUAGCAUCUCGAAGCCAAGACCUGAUCCCCAGGGUCUCCCUGUUCCUGUCCAAGAUGCGUCCAUUUGUCCGGAGCGCUUUGAUUUCCUCCUUGUACAGCGAGGAUGAUAUUCAGGAAAUCCUGGCCCGUGCCAAUGAACUCAACAACCUGCUGAAAGCUCCAAAUGUAGCACAGCUCAUACUGGGACCCUCUGCAGACAUUGCCAGCCCACGGUGGUACAAAGAUACAAACGCUUCACUGCCCCUUACCAUGCAGACUAUUAGCAAGGUGCUGCAGAGAAGUCCAGGACCCGGAUUCCCUGCAUAGGACAUUUGGACAUUUAUACCGAAGAUAAACACAAAAUGCUGGAUUAACUCAGUGCGACAGUCUGAAGAAGAGUCUUGACCCGAAACAUCACCCAUUCCUUCUAUCCAAAGAUGCUGCCUGUCCCACUCAGUUACUCCAGCAAUUUGUGUCUAUCUUUGGCCAUUAUUAACGUGUGUGUGUGUGUUUCCUUUCCAAGUAAGUCAAUUGUUUACAUGGUCUUUGAGUUCUUCAAAAAGUCUAGUAACAGGGAUGCCAACUUUUCAAAGUUGUGGAGUGAAAGGCUGUGUGUGUGUUAAACAAGUUGACCUGCCCUUUGUUUCUGUCUGGUUCACAAUUGUUCUUUUUAAAUUGUGAAAGAUUUCCAUUUGACAUUUAAAAUAUAUAUUUUUUAAAUUGUGUCAGAAUCGUAAUUGGAUGUUCCGAAUUUAAAAAGCACGUAUCAUAAAUAUAGAUUUAGGUCACCCAUUUAUGUUUUCAAAUCUAUUCAUCCUGCAGUUUCUUUUAUUAAAUAUAAGAGAGCCAAAAAUAGCUAGAUGAACACAUCCCACAUCUCGAAGGAACACUGGAAAUUGCUGCCAUUUGCAGUCUCAGUUUAAUCACCCUCAAUUAGUUGGUGUGUAUUCAAGAAACAUUAUACACAUAAGCAUGUGAUUGAUGCAAUUUGUCUGUGCGUACAAAAUGAGAAUUUAAUUAUAUAUUUCUGUGCAAUCAAUGGUUAAUUACUAUUACAGCCUGAGAGAAUUGCAAGAUAAUUGAGAAAUAAACAAUUUCUGUUAGACUUUCAUAAUUUGAGUUAGUGUCAGUGAACCCUUCAGAUGGCUGUAUUCUUGGUGAACUCAUGAAGUCUGCUCUAACAAGGUUACUUUUUCUUCUCUGCAAUUAGACCCAGCAUUUAAAAAGGGCACUAGUGUUGCUCCUGUAAGUGCAGAUUAUUGAUGCAUGGCCAUCCACUUUUAUACCGUUUGUAUUUUUCAGUGAGGUUACAUAUUGUUAAUUUGUACCAUACACCUGUUCCUUUAUUAUAAAUGAUUACUCCUUAAACAUGAUCACUUUAAUUCACAGGCUAAAUGUGAAGUGCUUAUGAAGGAUAUCAUUUGAGUCAACCUGCAAAAUCAGGCAUCAAAAAUCACAUCAGUAUCAAGACCACGUACAUUCCAUAUCUUGGUCUUGUUGCUUUAUGGAAGGGAAUUAUACUUAACAGCCAAAUUACAAUUUGUUUCCUUGUUUGAAAUGCUUUCACUCUACAGUCAUUAGAGGGCUUCUGACCUGCAGGUUUGUGCAGAGUCUUCUCACAAGGUUGAUUUUCUCUUUUCUAUCAACACUGCCACCCCCACCAAACCCAUUUGUCAUGCCUUUGGUUACAAGUGCAUACGUUUCCUUGGGAACCUCACCUGUAUGUUUAGGUCUGAAUUCUGAUGAAGUUUCAAUGGUCAACUUGUCAGCAGGAACAGGCGGAAGAACGUGCAUACCAUCCUGUACUGAUUGCACUCUUACCAGCCAAGGUCAGUAUAAUGUUUACAAGAGUAGGAAUAUUGAUUUCUACUUUACAUCCUUAAGGGGAGCUGAGACCUACUGCAUUGCCUCUGCACUCCCAGAUCUUGGUCAUGAAUGGUAACUGAGUACUGACUAGAGUCCUCUGAUCUUUUUCAUCCUGCAAUAGCUCUGUGGGUAACUACAUAGCGAUGAUCACACUGAAUAAAAGUAAUACUUAUUAUGAAUAAAAGAUGCUGAUGAAUCCA